GCGGAUCUCGGUCUUCCUGAAGAACAAGUUGAAGAAUACAAGGCGGCUUUCGGCAAAUUGACCGGGAGAGUACCGGUACAUCGCGACAAAGGAUCUCGGCCUUGUCCGAGAGAGAUGGCAUCACAAUGGGUCUCACAGAGCUCAGGCCAUGGUUAAGGAGGCUGACCGCGGACGGCUCAGGCAAGAUGGAUUUCGAGGAUUUCGCUAUGGUGGUAGUCAAGUUCAUCCUAGAGUCCGACGAGGACAUGACCGAGCAGCUGCGUGAGGCCUUCCGUCUUUACGACAAGGGUAACCAAGGUUACAUCGUCGUCGAUGACUUGAAGGAGAUUCUUCGUGCUGUCGAUGACAAGAUGUCCGACACUGACUUGAACGGCUUGAUUAAGGAAAUCGAUCAGGAUGGCAGCGGAACAGUCGACUUCGACGAGUUCUUGGAAAUGAUGAACGGAUAAGGUGUGAUAUCUGCGGUGUGUGACGUCAUUGUACGAAGCGACGCUACAGAUUACUGGAACAAUGUUACGUCGAAUUGAACAUCGUCACGUGACAUAUUUAUGUAUAAUUCGUUUCUAAACAGCAAACAGUAAUAUUGUAGACCGGACACUUCGUGGCUCCUUCAGUUUUUGCUUGCAGUCCCAUGUUCAUAAAACUUCAUUUUCUGUCCAAUAAACACUCGUGGCAAUUCAUCAAAACUCGGUGGAUUUAUAUUUUUGUUUCUAUUCUGAGGUAACUCCUCCUCUCCGGCGCUAGAAAACGCAGGGAGCUGUGGGUAAAUUAGAGACACUGCUUCUGAACUGAGAGAGUUCUCUUGCAGCGAUAACUCGAAAUGGCCACAGCACAGUCGCUGCGGGUCAUGCGUGCAGUCCGUUAGCAACCACCAUCUCAUGUCGCCUAUCUGCAAGAAGUCAACGCGUACUAGCGUAGUGAGAGUGCAAUAAUUAUGUUUGAUUUUUUUAAUAAAAGGGUGUUCACACUCUGGCUUUCAAAUA